CGUCAUUGUGUCAACAUGGCGCCUGUCUGCCGGACAAAAGGCGAAUCUGUCUGACGGCGAAUUGAAGCCCAAUUAGAAGCAGAGGAGACAUUUUGGGAAGACUGUCAGUGCCCGUGUGUCCCUGCGCCCCGAGGCGAUAGAUAUAUGGUCAAACUACCGUGUGUGGAGGCUCUUCUACUGGAAUAAUCAGGAUGUUCCAGCAGUGUGAGGAGCCUCGCUUUACCAUCGAGCAGAUUGACCUCCUUCAGAGGCUACGGAGGACGGGUAUCACCCAGGCAGAGGUCCUCCAUGCAUUGGACACCCUGGACCACCUGGACCGGCAACAUGGGCACAAGUUGGCCAAUAAACCUUCCUACAUGCCUCCUUCAUCUUCCAACACCGUCGCUGCCUCUUCCUCUAUGACUUCCACCGCCACUCAGACAAGUUUUCCCAACAACCGUCUCUCAUUGUCACCUAACAACACCUUUGACACCACCUCCCCACCUCUGCCUGUUCCAGUAGCCUCACCUGUUGCCAUAGCAGCAGUAGCACAGAAUGGUCUAGUUGCAGUCACCAAUGGGAAACUUUCACCACCCCGCUUUCCUCUUGCUGUGGUUAGUGGUAGCGUGACCACACAGGGUUAUGGGUUUGAAGCCAGUGAAGAGGACAUAGAUGUCGAUGAUAAGGUGGAGGACUUGAUGAGGAGGGACAGUGCUGUGAUCAAAGAGGAGGUUAAGUCCUUCCUGGCGAACAGGCGGAUCUCCCAGGCUGUGGUCGCUCAGGUAACGGGGAUCAGUCAGAGCCGGAUCUCCCACUGGCUCCUACAGCAGGGAUCGGACCUCAGUGAACAGAAGAAACGAGCCUUCUUCCGCUGGUACCAGCUGGAGAAGACAAACCCUGGUGCCACUCUAGCCAUGCGAGCUGCCCCAUUGGCACUGGAGGACAUGAUGGACUGGCACCAAGCCCCGCCUCCCUUUGGUUCAGCCCCCGGGGGCUUCCGUCUGCGUCGAGGGAGCAGAUUCACUUGGAGGAAGGAGUGUCUGGCUGUCAUGGAGAGCUAUUUCAGUGACAACCAGUAUCCUGAUGAAGCCAAGAGAGAGGAAAUAGCCACCGCCUGCAACGCUGUCAUUCAGAAACCAGGAAAGAAGCUGUCUGAUUUAGAGAGAGUAACAUCGCUGAAAGUCUACAACUGGUUUGCCAACCGCCGCAAAGACAUCAAGAGGCGUGCUAACAUUGAAGCAGCCAUCUUGGAGAGCCACGGCAUCGAGGUUCAAAGUCCAGGUGGUCAGUCCAACAGUGAUGAGGUGGAUGGCAAUGACUUCCCUGACCAGGGCUGUGAGGUGUCCUUAUUUGACAAGAGAGCUUCCGCCAGGCAGUUUGGUUUCGGCCGGGCUGACCUGUCCUCUCCCACCCAGGUUCCCACACUUCUUCCAAGCUGGUUUUCUGCCCUGGGUAGAGGAGGAGUGGCUGCACAGAGAGGCGCUUCUCUGAUUGGUCGUUCCCUGAUGUCAGGGGCGGGUCCUCAGGCGGAAGGUGCGAGACUAACAGGUGUGUCCUGGUCCCCUCCUUCCCCCUCCCUCCAGGAUGAAGCCACCAUUCACAGCGCGCUGUCCGAGCCCCAGGACGGUUUGGAGAAGGUGGUGGGGAGUCACAGCAGCCCGACCCUGCCCAGUCAGGAGGAUGGAGCAGGGUGUAGCAUGGGGAAUGACAUCAAGACGGAAACGCUGGAGGAUGACUGAACGAGGCGGCGGAUAUCGGAGCGAUGAACAGGUGUCAUUAUAUGCAAGCAGAUUUUAUAGGAAUGUAAUAAGUGGGAAAAAAAAUGACCAAAAGUCGCGUAAACUCCAACCCUGAGAUACCUCCCAACCCUACCUCCAACCACCAACCUGCUCCGCUACACUCUUAUAGGCAUUAUUAGUGUAUAAUAAUAAUAAUAAUAUUAAUAAUAAUGAGAAACUUUUAUUUGUUAAAGUGUUCCCCAUCUAUGGAAGACUUAAAAUGUACAUAAAAACUAAUUCAACCAAGAAAGUGAAAACAUUAAUGGCAUUCAACUAUGAUGCACAUAUAAGGAAACACAAGCUGUGGCAGGCCGUGUUGCUUUUCUUUGUUGAUUUAUAUAAUAUUAGGCAUUUUGAGUCUUCCUUCAAAGGGUGAUGAACAGAACACGAUGCAUUGUACAGAUUUUUUUGGAAACUGCAUUUUUCACAGCAGGACAACACUGUAUUUGACAUGGGGUUCAAAUAAUGUCAGGGUCUUGCACUGUGAUCACAACACAACUGAACAGCCUCAAAAGAUGAGUACAUAAAUUUGAAAGUUAAGUUCAUUUUAACGGCUUGUUUUAAAAGAAUAUUUCAUCACAGGCCUUUAUAUUUCAAAUUUUCACUGUUGAAUCUAACUAGACAGUAGUAUAAGCUUGAGGUCACAACAUGUUUCUGUGAGCCCAAGAUGUUUUUUCUAAAUGAAAAAUGCAAAAGAGAAAGAAACAGAAUGACCCUCCCCUCCCUGAUAACAUAAGCUAAAUAUAUGGAAGCUCUGAGAGGCUAAUACAAAUAAUAAAUGUUUCAUCAGUUUAAUUAUGCAAUCAUUACUGAAUGGAAAAUAGCAAUGUUUAAAUAUUACUGAAUUUAAUAUGCUGGCAUAAUUUAAGACACUUUUUGUUUUCAGAGUCACGAAUUUAGAUUGGAGAGUUGCAAUCCCCUGGACCUUAACAUAAUUAAAUUUUUAUCCAUGAUAAUAGUUUUAAAUGCACUAUUUGAAAUUAUCCACAGGAAAUUUCAAAUUGGAGUUGAAACUUUUUAAAUAGAUGAUUUUCUAAAUAUAAUAUUCUGGCACAAUGAAUCUUGUGCUAUGUAAACAUCAGCUAGUAGUGUUCAAUUGAGAUUUCACAGCUAGGUCUCCAGUUUCUAAUAAGAUGCAAAUCCUUACAGCCUCUCUUUGCUUCCAUAUCAAUUAUAAGCAAUUUAAAAAAAAAUACCUACAACAUAAAUGUCGAAGGUAGUCGAAACUGUUGACAGAGUUGUAUAAAAGCUAGAAACCGGGACAUCCAGGUGAUAGGGUUUUGUUUAUUCACUUGUGCCCAGUUACCUGCUGGGUGACCUGGUGGAAUGAUUGAUCACUGUGAUCACAUAUUAUCAGUACAGAUCAGUCAGUUGGAAGGGGUUAAACAGUUUAAUGAAGCUGUUUAGAUACUACAGAUUAAAGUGUAAGAUGAAUACAUAUACUACAUGUGUAUGUGUGCACGUACACGCACGUACACACACGUACACGCACGUACACACACGCACACACACACACGCACACACACACACACACACUUAUAUACAGUAUACGUACCCUAUUCCAUUUCUAUAUACAGUAUAUAGACAUAUUAGCUUCAAAUGAGAGAAACUAUCAGUAUGAGUCUUUCUUGUAGGUGAAAGGUGAAUGAAACAUUAGCCAAAGUAUUAAGUUUUGAAAUUUGUGUAUUUUCUGAGUGUAUGAUGGUCAUGGAUGGAAAUAUGUAUUAGAGAUAUGCUAAUCAAAGACACAUCAGAUGUGUCAAGUUAUUUCAAGUAAAAUGCAUAAUUUUCCUUUUAGGGUAAAUCUAUGUUUGUGCUCUGUAUGCCAAUGUGUUCUAAACACGUGGUCACGUUUAAGUUGUAUUUUAAAUGACAUUUUAUUGGAUCAAUACCGUGGUGCUUAAAUCCCUGCUGUUAAAGCGUUAAAUUGAUCACUAUGAGUGAAUGAUCACAGUGCCAGUAGGAAGAUAAAAAGUAGUCUUUCCCUCGAAAAAGUAAUUUGCGUUGAGUAUAUUCUCUUAAAACAGACAUUGCAAGAAGCUUCUGUAGAUGAAAAAUGUGUUUCAAGUCGAUUCAUGGAUAUGUAUGUCAAUUACAGCCAUUGUAGAAGUCUAUUUUCUCCAUGAGGAAUUAUUAAAGAAUGUAUUUGUUGUCCAGGGGUUACUGAACUAUAGUUAACACAGUUUAGUUUUAAAGAUCAUAAACCACCAAGUGCUUCUUCUCUAGUUUAUCACUAAACACGGUUGGCUUGCUCUAUUGCCCAGUUGUAUACUCUGUUCACCUCUUCUGAAAAGUUUUGCUGUUAGUUUUGCCAUCAGUGGAACAAGCUGAUUACCACUUUAUCAAGUUGUUGUGGCUAACAUUUUAGCAAAUUCUUGUCUAGUUAACAUUGACUUGGAGUCUUGUUCCUUUACCUGUGAUGACAUUAAGUUCAGUUAUAUGUCCCCUUGUAGCUCUGUUAUGAUUUCCACUUGGGGUAAAACUACAGAAUAGAUAUGGUUUGUAUGUACCUCAUUUUCAGUACUGCAGAGAAAACAAACAACAAAGCUUAUGUUAACAAAAUGAAUUUCAUAUUUGGUUUUACAAAAUGUCAAUAAUAAUAAUGUCAAAUAAUCUCAAAAACACCCCAAAGUGUUCACUUUUAAAUAUAAUUUAAGUCAAAUAAAAAUAAUAAAUCCAGAAUGAACUACUGUUAACCAUUAAAGCUAAUGGUCCACUUUGAGCUUUAGAACUGCCUUGUCCUGUUUUCAACAACAAUUAGCAAAUAGCCACUGGUUUGAAUAAAGUAUGUUGGAAUUGUCACUUGAAAAAAGUGAGCAUCGACUUAGUGUGAGCUCCAUGUGAUAGGUGGUUGAGCUUUAAGAGGCUAACUCUGCUAGCUACCAACUGAUUUUUAACAAUACAAAAAGUUGGUGUUAAAAAAUGCAAUGGGUGAGACACUAAGCACUGAUAUUGAAAGUGAGUCUCUGGUGUUUGCAUUAGUGUGGUGACAUGUUACUGUUCAGUGUGACCUUUUUUUGGACAAUCACAGAGUGAAUCUCACUGGUAAUUCUGUUCAGCUUAAGUAUGUCAGUACUGUAAGGUUUUAUGUUCAAGUGCCUUAUUUUUUGCAGUAUUUUAACACAGGUUUAGUGUGUGAUGAAUGACUUCUACAAUGGCUGUUCAUUUGCCACCGUACCACUGCUAAUGCUAGAAAGCUAAUCACAUGACCUUCUGUUACAGCCCACACUAAUGCGGCUUCAUUCAAACCGGUUCAUCAUUGUUCCUUACCAGGUGCUUUACUGGCUAAGCUACUAGUUCAGAGUGAAAAACGUUACCACAAUUACCUCACUCCCUCACCCUCACUAUAAGCUAAACCCCGCAGGUUCCUCCGCAGCUGCUUCAAUGUGAACCACAGUUUGAACUGUCUAAGAGAAAAACUAAAUGUGGAGCUGAUUGAUUCAGAGGAGACUGAACUGUGAUGAGGCUGUAUAGACGGUUCACGCUGAUUGAUCUGGGACAGCAGAAAUGUCAGUGUCUCUUUAAAAGGGAAAUUCCUUAUCAAGCUAGAGCUAAUAAAUAUUAAGUUUGAACACAAACGGAAUUUCCACUUCAAUAAUAAGAAUAAUAAAAAGAAGAUCUUAAUCAUUAAUAUGCUCCACCAGGCCAAUAGCUCCUGCCCCCAUCACUCAGUCUGGUGGAGUAUUAACAAAAGUCUGCAGUGUUUCAGACUAAAUGUCAGAGAAAAUAGAAGUUUUGUGGUGGAAUGUCUCUUUAAAUGUAUGGCAGCAGAGCUGUCCUGGGUCUCUUUGCUUUAAGCAUUUGAGAAAUCACUAGUCUAUUUUGUAGCUUUCUGUUAUUUGUUUGAUUUAUUUACACCAAAAUUUCAAAAUGUACUAUCCCAUUAAGUGCUACAUGUUUUUUUCCUUUUUUAAAAAAUCUGCUAAGCAGAAGCCUUUCUGAAAGGGACCUAUAAUGCUUUCCCAUAUUUUCUGUCACGUAUAUAUGAUGUUAUGUUGUCGGUUGUACAUGUUAAAUGUGGCCAAAGUUUCAAAUAAUGUGGCAAACGUGUGUAACAUACCAAACUUACAGGACAGCCAUGAAUUUAAACUACAGUCUUCUUGGUAAAUGGAUGUACACCUUCUUUCAAAAAUACACUAGGUUAAGUAGUAUUACAGGCAUAUAGUGUACUCCAGCAUGCAAAUAAAAAGUGUAAGGAGAUACUAUGGAGUCAUUUGGCGACAGCAGAAUAAGAUUUUACUAGCUAUGCUGCCUUUAGUAUUUUCUGACAGCAGAUGUUUUCCACUGCAGUCAGCCACACCUACAGUAUCAGUCAAAAGUUUGGACACACCUUCUCAUUCAAUUGUUUUUAUAUAAGUAUUUUCUACAUUGUAGAUUAAUACUGAAGAUGUCAAAACUUUAAAAGAAUACAUAAGGAGUCAUGUUGUAAACAAAAAACUGUUAAUAUUCAGUAUUAAUGUACAAUGAAGGAAAUUAUACAGAUAAACAAAAACCAUUGAAUGAGAAGGUGUGUCCAAACUUUUGACUGUAGUGUAUACCUUUUAACAGGGCACAUAGAAAAAUCUUCAUAAACAGCUUCUGAUUGAAAGACUACAUUGUUGUGUCACACCAUUUGCAGGAAAUCAGCGUAAUAUUUACCAGUCAUUCUGCUGUAAUGGAUGCUCAUGCUGUCUACAUUUACCUCAGAUUGGACUCACGCUUUACAGUUGGCUUCAGUAACCUACAUUUCAGUAAGAGAAUGAGGUAUAAAUAAAAGGUAGACUUAACCUCUGGGUCUGAAAGGUGAAGCCAAUGUGAAAGUGGCUUAAAUCUUCAUUUUCCUAAUGAGUUUAUGGUCCCCGUGCUAGCUUCAAGUCUUCUUCAACUCGGCAUGUUCCAUUUGUAAAUCAUGGCUCCAUGUAGAGUAAAACAGGUGAAAAAGGAAGGUUUGUAUUAGGGCAGGUCUUCCUUCAGAUUGACAAGUCAUUAGUGUAUGAGCAUGUAUAGUGUGUCCAUUUCAAAAGAGCAGGAUGGCGAUUGUCAAUUUCCAAACUUAAUGCUUCAGAACCGUAGCUUACAAACCAAUAGGUGAUGUCACGGUGGUGGCUACAUUCAUCUGUUAUAGACAGCGUUUGGGUGGUGCUCACAAGCAAAGGCUUCCACAAAGCCACCCACUCGCAAGAAGGUCUUUCUUAGGAUGGUGGACCUGAACUGAAACGGUUUGUUUCAUACAGUGGAUGAACUGAAGGGCUGGAAAAAGGGCCAGUAAAAGAUAAAUAAGGAUUUUUUUUAAAAACUGUGAAUCAUACAAAGCUACUCUUCUGGAGCUCCAGAAUAAAAACACAUAGCUGGAAAUGAGCAUAGUAGGUCCGCUUGGAGACAAUUUGCUCUUUUUAAAUAGUUUCAGGAUGUCAGGUCAUUUCACUUGUUGUCUUCAGGGUCUUCUCAUGAAAAUGCAUUUUGGAGGUCUGGAGCAGGUAUUGGGUGUUAGUUUGUGUCAUUUUCAGUAUUUUGAAAAUAAAAAAUAAGACCAUAAACACAAAUAGAAGCUAAAAAAGGCGAGUAAACCACAUACAUUAAUAAUUAGAAACCAAAAAUGUUUGCAUCUUGACUGACUUUAAAUUGGAUCUUUUUGUGCCAGAAAGUGUUUUAGUUGCCUGAUAGCUCAAAGUUGUCGCUCUUCCAGCUUUGUCAGGACUGCAUCAGUCUAUUCAUGUGGUGUCUUUUCAUUGGUUAGAAUGCAGUUUUACCAUCUGCCUUCAGUCCUCUGUUGCCUUGUUGUGCUGCUUUGUUUUUGAAAGGACAGGCUUCCUUCUCUGGAAUAGUCACCUGUACAUGCACCUGUGGCACUGACUGCACCUUGAUCUCACUGCCCAAUCCCACCACCUCUUCUUCUGGCGAUAGUGCUUCAGUAGACGGUACCACAGAUGUUUGGUUCAACAGCACUGUUUGAAUGUGAGAAGCUUCUGUCGGCACUGGGCACCAGGGUGCAUGUUGAUGAGGUCGCUAACAGAGUGGUAGAGGUUUGAUGUGAUAUUAGACCUGCUGUCUGAACAAAGAGAAGCACAAGGGAUCUGGUGCCACUGUGCUUUCACACCGUUCAUGUCUCAGAACUGGAUACUGUCCUUCUCCUACAUUAGUCAGUGUCGUUAGAUACAGUCUGACAUUUGAAGAGUAGAAAUGCUGGGUUUUUUUUUUUUUUGUUUGUUUAUGUGGGGAAAAAAUGCAUCAUUCAUGCAGUCAGUAAAACAUAGAUGUUCUUCCAGGGAUAGGACACAAUACUUUAAUGAUGGACAUCAUCUCUAAACAUUUCAGCAGUUAAAAACGGUGGUUGCCAAUAAACUCUUUAAUAAAUCUCUGUAAAAUAAAUGGUAUCAAACCUCAGCAGGAUGUUAUAUCAGUUUGAUUUUUUUUUUUUUUUUAAUCCUCUUCUUUUCUAUUUCAAGAUUUAGUGCCUUUUUUGGACGGUAGACUGUUCUGUAAUAGCUAUGUAGAAAAUCUACAUAUGCCUUUUGUUACUUUUUCAUCUGUUGGAUAAACCUUAUUUGUUAUUUUUAAGGUGUGUUUUUAUCGAUAUUCUAUUUACAAGGGAAUAAAAACUGAUCAUGCAGUG